AUGUUAAAACUGGAUAAUACAGAAUUUAAGUAUAAUACUAAUUUCGCUAAUAAUUCCUGUUCUUCAUUUCGUGUGCCUAAAUGUACACGUUGUCGUAAUCAUGGAGUGAUUUCAUCAUUAAAAGGGCAUAAAAGGCAUUGUCGUUGGAAAAAUUGUCAUUGUGCAGCUUGUUUACUUGUUGUUGAACGUCAACGUGUUAUGGCUGCACAAGUUGCAUUAAGAAGACAACAAACAUCUCAAACUUCCCAAAACUUAACUUAUUCCGAGAAUAUCAUUCCAAAUGAACAAAGGUAUAUUAUUGAAGAUUUAUAUGAAUAUCAAAUCAAUAAUCCGUUAUACAAGAUCAACCAUUCAACUCUUCAUCAUAAUAACAAUCAAAGUAGAUCUUUAAAGGAUAAUGUAAUUCCUAAUAUUGAAACUACAACAAUUACACCAGAGAAAUAUACAAAUUUAAAAGAUGUUCAAUUUGCAAAUUAUAAUCUUGAAAAUGAUACUGAAUCAUUGAAUGAAAUAUAUAAAACUGUUACGAUUGAGAAUUCUAUAUUCAAGAAGAUAUCAUCAAAUGAUUUCAUAAAUAGAAUUCCUAUUCAUUUAUCUUUAUUAAAUCAGUUGAACAAUCAACAAAAUGAACAAAGUCUUAAUUCAAAUAUAGAACUAAUUCAUGAUGAUAUAAAACAAAUGAAUCUAUUGAAACAUCGAAUGAAUACGAUAGAUUUAAAUCAAUUCGAUACUGUUGAAUUACAAUGGUAUGAUUUAAUAAACUUAUCUAACAGAUUUCAUAGCUUUAUAACAUAUGAUAAUAAUGAACAGAAAUUUGUUCUUUGUGGAAAUGAUUCUUCAGUAUUACGGAUGAAACAAAAUAAAUUGGAUAUACAUGCAGAGCUUAAUGAAUUCAAUAAUUUAUCUACCAUAAAUAUGACAACUACAACCAAUCUAUUCGAAAAUACUAAUUGUAUUAAUCUAGCCAAUAUAAAUACUACCAUAAAUAAUAAACAAUCAUCAAAUCUUAUUUUAUCAGAUUAUCGACAAGCUGCAUUACAUUCUCCACCACCACCAACGACGACGACAACAACAAUAAUAACAACCACAGCAACAACACUAUGUCCAACUCUGGAUGAUAGAUUACAUCAUAAAUCUCUUAGUAACCCUACAAAUAAUAUCCAAGAUGAAACAAUCUACCCAUUGAUAAAAUUUUCUGUUUCAAAUAUUCUUAAUAAACACUGA